AUGGAUAGCAUGGAAACAUGGCUUGACUCAGAUUCACAAAAGGACAGCGUUCACAUUGGUCAGAUGCUGCCCUACGGUUAUAAGCUUCAGCAUAAACCUCGACUUGGUCGUGGUGGGGGUGUUGGUCUUGUCUAUAGAGAUCAGCUGAAUGUCACCAAGAUUUCGACUGAUAGUGUAUACAGUUCCUUCGAGAUCAUUCAGUUCAGGUUACAGACUAACUCAGACUGUAUAAGACUUGCUAUUGUGUAUAGACCCCCUCCUAAUUACAAGAACAAACUGACAACAACAUUGUUUUUCGAGGAGUUCGCAAAUCUGUUAGAGACUCUGUCUUCCAUCGCCUGUCCACUGAUCAUCAUGGGCGACCUCAACUUUCAUGUUGACAACCCCAGUGAUCGAGAUGCUAUAAUAUAUCUCAAUAUCUUGGAAACGUAUAGCCUGGUCCAACACGUGAAGGAUCCAACUCAUAUCAAGGGUCAUAUCUUGGAUCAGGUUAUCACGCGUGCUACUGACAUGAACGUGAUUGGUGAUCUGUCGGUUGGUGCAUCAUUGAUGUCAGACCAUUGCCCUGUGACUUUCACUCUCCCAGGCAAAUGCGUGAAACAGCCAAAUCGUGUGAUGAUGGAUGUAACAAGGCUGAGGUCAAUAGAUGUUGGUGCAUUUGCUCUUGAUGUUGCAGCAUCUGCAGUGAACCAAUGUGUCCAAGACAAUGCCUCAGUCUUGGUGGAAACCUACAACCACGAUCUGAAGGCAAUCUUGGACAAGCAUGCACCAAUUCAUUCUAAGGCAGUUACAAUACGGCACAAGGUACCAUGGUAUAAUGCUGAGGUGCACGAGGCAUGCAUGUUCCGCAGAAAGGCUGAGAGACAGUGGCGCCACUCAAAGCUUGAAAUCCAUAGGGAGGUCUACCGUGAAAAGCAUGUGCAGGUUAUUCGGAAGAUUGAGAAGGCAAAAAGGGACUUUCAAGUUGAAAAAAUUAAGGACGAUUGUGGUGAUCAGCGUAAACUCUACAGAACUGUGAACUCAUUGCUCAACAGGAAGAAAGUCAGCUCAUUGCCUGACUUCUCUGUUGGGGAAGGGCAGCAGCUAGCCAAUAGAUUUGCUCAUUCUUUCCAAAAUAAGGUCAAUGGCAUUAAUGUCUACCUUUCAGGGCUCCGCGAUUCAAUGGGGUCAUUGGUUACUGACGCUGAGCAACCUAGCUGCCAACAAAAGCUGUCUUUCUUUCAACCUGUUACUGAGGAUGAAAUUAGAAGGAUGAUCAAGAAGUCGCUAACAAAAUCUUGUGCACUUGAUCCUCUUCCCACACAUCUUCUUAAAGAGGAUGCGAUUGCUGAAGCAAUUUCUCCUGCAAUCUGCUACCUUCCCAACUUCACUGAGGAAGUAUUCCAAAUCAAACAGAUCAUCUUCACUCAUCCCAUCGUCUACAAGCUUGGAGAUUACCAAAAAGAGGAAAUUCAAGGAUACUUCUACGAACAGGAAUUGAGUUACGUUCCUAAUCCUGACCAACUAGAAUACAAGAUCGAGAAGAUGUUAAGGUACAAGACCAGUAAAGGUGAUAAAUACGGAUUAGUGAAGUGGAAGGGUUACAGUGACAAAUUCAAUGAGUGGUUAAAGUUUCUGAGAUAA